AGAAGUGAGAUGAGUUUCGUCUGCCUCGCCGGAGCGUCAUCGGUCUUUGGGGUCACCAGGUGAACCUCCCCGUACGCGUGAUACCCCGCAUAAGGAGAAUAGCGUCUGAUAUCCCACUAUCUUCUUCCACGCAUUUUUGCCAUUUCUGCGCGAUGUCAGUCUAGCACCCUCCGGCAAUUUCUCCGAUCAGCCCUCAAAACUUUCCCCAAGCUACCGGUGCAUCACAUCUGCAGCAUUUGGCCGUGAUGCAGGGUCUUCCUAGCCCUCCGACUGGCUUUGCGGUCAAAAAGUCCAAGAUUCUGUCACAGCUGGCCGUUCCCGACGCCACAUACACGGACUUAUCGCCCAAGGGCUCGGUAGAUGAAGGAAUUAGACACCUCAUCGCUGAGAUCAAUGCUGUCGAAGGGCUUGUGACAACGAGCAGCUGCGCUGGGCGGGUGAGCGUGUUCGUCGAGGGGCGCAAGACUGCCGGGUCUGACGAAGGAGGCGAAGCCCAACUCGCUGGCGUGGGCGGCAAAGGAGGAGGAGGCAAUUGGUUAUUCGUCUCGCACGAUCCUGUGGAGGAGAAUGAUGUCUGGAUCCGAGGACUAGAGUUCGCGGACGAAGCGAAUGUGUCGGCUGGGUCGGCUGGGAGGCGGCUAAUACACUUCAAAUUUGAACCAAUGAUCCUACAUAUUCUCACGGCCUCGCCUAGUCAUGCACAGCUUGUCCUAGGCUGUGCCCUUCAAGCUGGGUUCAGGGAAUCGGGCGCCGUCAACCUGAUAGCCUCUCGUGACGAGCCCGUUAUGCCCAUGGUUGCCGUGCGGUCCAUGGGUCUCACCCUCGAAUCACUCAUCGGACAGCAGGUGGGUGAGGAUCGACAACAGCUAGUGUCUGUGCAGCACUUGCGGACCCUAAUGAGCGUUGCGAACGAGCGCUUCUUUGAGAACACUAAGCGCAUAGCUCGCUUCCAGCAGGCAUUGAGUGCCGCAACGCAGCCACCGCCCGUGAAAAAGAAUGCAGAAGGGCAAGCCUGGGAAGACGCCGCCGCCAGACGUGAGCGUAAACGCGCCGAAGGACUCCGUCGCAAAGCCGAAAUGCAGAAAGACAAGCCUUCUCCCAUAGAAGACACAGACGAGCCCGUCGCAACAGACUCAUUACCUCUUUGAAUUCGCGCUCUCUUCAUGGUCUAUGCUCUUUUGUCAAUGCCGUAAUGUACAACAUAUGUCUUCUCCUUCUAUACCCGUCUCCAUACCUAGUCAUACCAAACAUGCCGUCUCCUACGACGUCACCUUGUUCACCCACUCUUGCUCCAGCUUCUUGACCUCGGUCUUGAACUUCUCCACCUCGGCCCAGCAGUCCAGUGGUCGGCGGUCGUUCUCGGUCAGGCACCGCACCAGCUCUCCCCGCGCGCCAUCUACGCUGUCGGGCAAAGGGCGUACCUGCUUCCGCUCCUCGAGGCGACGACGCAGGCCUUCGAUUUGCUUGUUCACAGCCGGAGUUGUCUUGCUGUCAUCGGCGUUCUUGUCCUCGGCGGACGCGAUGCCCUCGUGUGCGCGGCGCAGGGCAUCUGAUUGUUGUGAGAGGUGCUUCUGGAGCUCGGCGGCGACGCGAGCCUGGAUCUGGGCCUCCACGAGGCGGGUGCGAGAAGCAUCAGUCUUUCUUCUGU